GGGAUUUAAAGGGCCCGCUCUCCGCGCCGCCCUGGGAGCCGCAGCUGGUCCCGGCCUUGCGGCCUGCGGGGGAGGCUGCCCGGAGGAGGCGGCGACGGUGGCGGCGGCUGUACGUCCCCGGCCCCCUGGACCGCAGCUUUCUUACUGCCAGGUCAUGGGCUGUGUGUGUGCACCCAGAACACCCAGACACACACAGCUGGCGGCUCAAUCUGAUGUACCUGACACUCACACCCUCCCUCAGCCCCCCAGUACCCUGUCUCUACAAGGGUUGGACAGCCCCAGACUGAAAUCUGAGUGCUCAAGUCCAUCUCUUGAGCAUCGUCUGCCCCAUGGACAUCCCAACUAAGCUCCUUCUAUGUCCCCCCUUUGGCAGGUCUAUCCAUCUGUCCAUCCAUCCGUGGGGGUCCACAAUGGCCACCUUCAGCCGCCAGGAAUUUUUCCAGCAGCUGCUGCAGGGCUGUCUCCUGCCUACUGCCCAGCAGGGCCUUGACCAGAUCUGGCUGCUCCUUGCCAUCUGCCUCGCCUGCCGCCUCCUGUGGAGGCUUGCUGCACAUGGUUUGGGUCGUACUGCUCAGCCUCCUGUGCUACCUCGUGCUGUUCCUCUGCCGACAUUCCUCCCAUCGCGGCGUCUUCCUCUCCGUCACCAUCCUCAUCUACCUACUCAUGGGUGAGAUGCACAUGGUGGACACCGUGACAUGGCACAAGAUGAGAGGGGCCCAGAUGAUUGUGGCCAUGAAGGCGGUGUCUCUGGGCUUCGAUCUGGACCGGGGUGAGGUGGGUGCAGUGCCCUCGCCCGUGGAGUUCAUGGGCUACCUCUACUUCGUGGGCACCAUCGUCUUUGGGCCCUGGAUAUCCUUCCACAGCUACCUACAGGCCGUCCAAGGCCGCCCGCUGAGCCGCCGAUGGCUGCAAAAGGUGGCCCGGAGUCUGGCGCUGGCCCUGCUGUGCCUCGUGCUGUCCACCUGUGUGGGCCCCUACCUCUUCCCGUAUUUCAUCCCCCUUGAUGGUGACCGCCUCCUUCGCAAGUGGCUGCGAGCCUAUGAGAGCGCUGUCUCCUUCCACUUCAGCAACUAUUUUGUGGGCUUUCUGUCCGAGGCCACGGCCACGUUGGCAGGGGCUGGCUUCACCGAGGAGAAGGAUCACCUGGAAUGGGACCUGACGGUCUCUAAGCCACUGAACGUGGAGCUGCCCCGGUCCAUGGUGGAAGUUGUCACAAGCUGGAACCUGCCCAUGUCUUAUUGGCUAAAUAACUAUGUUUUCAAGAAUGCUCUCCGCCUGGGGACCUUCUCAGCUGUGCUGGUCACCUAUGCAGCCAGCGCCCUCCUGCACGGCUUCAGCUUCCACCUGGCUGCGGUGCUGCUGUCCCUGGCGUUUAUCACUUAUGUGGAGCACGUCCUCCGAAAGCGCCUGGCUCGGAUCCUCAGUGCCUGCAUCUUGUCGAAACGGUGCCCACCAGACUGUUCACACCAGCAUCGCUUGGGCCUGGGGGUGCGAGCCUUAAACCUUCUCUUUGGGGCCCUGGCCAUCUUCCACCUGGCCUACCUGGGCUCCCUGUUUGAUGUUGAUGUGGACGACACCACAGAGGAGCAGGGCUACGGCAUGGCAUACACUGUCCACAAAUGGUCAGAGCUCAGCUGGGCCAGUCACUGGGUCACUUUUGGAUGCUGGAUCUUCUACCGUCUCAUAGGCUGAGGCACAUCUGUGGACCCUCACAACUCUCUCAAGACCCCUCCUCAGGGUGCCAGCUCUGAUGGGGGAUGAGGGAAGGCCCUCUCUCUAAUUCUUGACCCUCUCUCCAUCCUUGACCCCCCAACACACACACACACACGCACACGCACACACACACACACACACCAUUUCCAUGCCUGUCAAUCCCCACCCCACCACAAGGCGGGAAGGGAGUGGUCCCUGCUGGGGCCUAGGGGCGGGGGAUGCUUGGGGAAGCAGAGAGGGGGAGAUCCAGGGCCUCCCCGCCUUCCUUGUCCCUUUUUAUAUAGUUUGUUAUUAUCAAAUAAAAGUAGGAAGUAUACAAAAGGCU